AUGGAUGAUUCACAGCAUCCACUUGUCGUAUCUACCCCACCUUUACGUGGCCCCGUUGAUUCUCCAGCUCCCAUUGAUGCCGCAGAAGCAGCUUCCGAUCUGAAGGCUCACCGAGACAGCAUGUCGUUAGCCACAACCCAGUAUGAGCAGCAGGGCCCCAUUGAUAGCAGGGUCUUGCGUGGAAGAUCAAAGUCUCUCGCAUUUGGUAUGCAAGCAUUUAGACCUCCUGUAGAUUACAUUGCGCCUGUCAGUACACCAGGUGUGCCCUACAAGGCAAGAUCUUGGGAGCCCACGCUCGAAAAGGCUAUUCGUGCUAUUGUGUCUAUCAAAGCUAGCCAUGUCAGAAGCUUUGAUACUGAAACUUCAGGUGGCUAUACUGCUACUGGAUUUAUCGUUGAUGCCGCACGCGGUAUCAUAUUGACAAAUCGUCAUGUGGUAUCGCCAGCACCCAUUGUAGCUCAAGCCGUUUUGACAAACUAUGAGGAAGUAGACUUGAAGCCAGUUUAUCGUGAUCCUGUCCAUGAUUUUGGUUUUAUGCAGUUUGAUCCUAGUCGCAUUAAAUUUAUGGAACUAGAAGAAAUUAAACUUAGCCCGGAACGUGCUAAAGUUGGUUUAGACAUUCGAGUUGUCGGCAAUGAUGCUGGUGAAAAAUUGAGUAUUUUAGCUGGCACAUUGGCCAGACUUGAUCGAAGAGCUCCUGAAUACGGCGUUGGUGAAUACAAUGACUUUAACACAUUCUACUUACAAGCCGCAUCAGGCACCAGCGGAGGCUCGUCUGGUAGUCCUGUGCUUGACAUUGAUGGACAUGCAGUCGCUCUCAACGCAGGUGGUGCAAGCCGUGCUUCAUCCUCUUACUACUUGCCAUUGGACCGCGUUCAAAGAGCACUGACUUUUAUCCAAAAGGGCGUUCAAGUGCCUCGUGGUACUCUGCAAACAGAGUUUGAAUACCUGCCCUACAAUGAGGUGCGUCGAUUAGGCCUCAAGGCUCACAUUGAGGAAAAGGUCCGACACAAAUUCCCUGAAGAGACGGGUAUGCUUGUUGUGCGAUCCUUGUUGCCCAAAGGACCUGCCGACAAUGUAUUGGUGCCUGGUGAUAUUAUCAUUGGCUGUAACGGUAAAAUGGUGCCUCAUUUCAUCGCCUUAUUCGAGAUUCUAGAUGACGCUGUUGAUCAAGAGAUUUCAUUGACUGUCAGUCGUGGUAAAAAGGUGCAAGAGGUCAAGGUUACUGUACAAGAUCUGCACUCUAUUACGCCCAAUCGCUUCGUUGAGAUUGGUGGUGGCGUGGUCCAUGAAUUAUCGUAUCAACUGGCCAAAUCUUAUUCUCAGCCCACUGGUGGUGUUUAUGUUGCUACAUCGGGUCAUAUGCUAGCAAGUGCCAGUGCCUGGAGAAAAAGUAUCAUUGUGAGCGUCAACAAUAUCCCAACACCCAAUUUGGAUGCCUUUAUCGAAGCAAUGAAGACUUUGGCAGAUGGAGCUCGUGUACCUGUUAGAUUUUAUGCCUUGCACAAAGCCUACAAGGACAAGGUCAUGAUUAUGCAUGUGGAUCGACACUGGCACAAGUUUAGAAUUGCUGUUCGCAACGACGUUACUGGCCUCUGGGAUUUCACUGAAAUGCCGCCUCCACCUGCUACAAUCCCAUAUUCUCCAUCCACUGCUACUUUUCCACCUUUGGAUUCAUCACUGGCUCUUGCUGAGAAACUGAUGCCAUCUUUUGUCGCUAUCGAUUUCUAUUUGCCCUACCUGGUAGAUGGUAUGAAGGCAACUCAGUUUUACGGUACCGGUUUCAUUGUUUCCACCAACCCUCCGUUGAUUGUAUGCGACCGAGAUACGAUUCCUAUCGGCCUAGGCGACAUUUUCAUCACAUUUGCUAAUUCCAUUAUCAUCCCUGGACGUCUGCUCUUCCUGCACCCCUUCUACAACUACGUGAUUCUGACAUACGACCCCAAAUUGAUUGGCGAAACACCUGUCAAACCCUUGGAGUUUAGUGAAAAGGAGCUCAAUCAAGGCGAUGAGAUCAAUUUUAUUGGUAUUGGUAACGAUCAUUCUGUUGUCAUGAGGAAGACAACCGUGUCCUCUGUCUCCAAUAUCGGCACUCGCGAAUGUUCACCUCCUCGUUGGCGUGCCAUGAAUGUAGAGGGUAUCAAGAUUGACGACUCUCUCAACUCGCAAGGCGGCCUCAUCACCAACGACGAAGGCCAGGUACAAGCAUUGUGGAUCAGCUACUCUAGUCAGUCUGAAAAGGGCAAAGAUAUCUCGUUCAUGUCAGGUUUGCUCUCUUCUCUGGUCAAGCCAACCAUCGACAAGUUCUUGCAAAACGGUGACAAGGUAGUCUUCAAGGGCCUUGAUGCUGAGCUGUGGACCAUGCGCAUUGCAGCUGCUCGUACAUUGGGUCUGAGUGAUGAAUGGGUCAAGAAGAUUGAAGAAAGCGGCUCCACGCGUCAUACAUUGCUCUAUGUGCUCAACAUCCUGGAUGAGCGCAGUGCGUGUGCCAAGGUCCUCAAUGUAGGCGAUGUUAUUCUUAGUGUCGACGGUAAGCUGGUGACCCGUAUGAGCCACAUGAUGCUGGUUCAUGAGAAGGACAACAUUGACAUGGUGAUUUUGCGUGACGGAAAAGAGCUAAAUGUCAAUGUCCCCAUGAGUGAGUUCAGUAGCUAUGAAACCACUCGCGUCAUUGGAUGGCAAGGUGCUUUGAUCCAGCGUCCCUACAAGGCUGUCUUGGAGCAAGUACGCAAUGUUCCUGCCGGUGUCUACGUCUCUUGCACACUGUAUGGCUCACCAGCAUCCAACGUACUUCGUCCUGGAGUCUGGAUUGUGGAAGUGCAAGGCAAGCCAGUCAAAGAUCUGGAUUCCUUCUUGCAAGUUGUCCAUUCGCAUGAACUGGAAAUGGGACGCCGUCGUCGCCCUAGCUAUAUUCCACCUGUUCAGAGAAGCGCCGAAGAGAGGGCGAGAAGAGAGAGUGAGCAAGACGACAAUGAUGCAUUGAUACCUGAUAUCGUUGAUGAAGACGAUGAUGACGACAAUGAUGAGGGCUAUAUUCGUAUCAAGACUGUCAGUAGAAAUGAAACUGUACGUGUUGUCGCUGUCAAACUCGAUUUGCACUAUUGGGAUUCUUGGCAGUUGGUUCAUGACGAGAAAUCUGUAUCUGGUUGGAACUCGGAAAGCGCUUAG